GCACACGUGGCUCUGAUUGCUGAAGGUAGUUCUUCCUGCCUCUGACCUUUUCCCCCAGCGGUGUGAGUGUAUACCCUUCUCUUUCCCUUCCCUUUUCCAUAGGCUGUUAUCAUUCAGUCCUUUCCUUGGUUCCAGGAUGUCUUUCAUUCUUCAGAUAUUAUCACAUGUCUACAUAGGCACUUGCCUUGAAGCUGCUGGCACAGAUUUGUGGCCCACUUUCAUGUGCAGUAAGGGGCUCGCAGUCACCCCACUUCUUGCCAGUCAUUCCUUUUCUGGUACUUGUCCUGCUCUUCCUCCGCCAUUCCAGGAACUGAGCUUUUAAAGUGGAGCAUCCCCCUACACAGUAAAAGGUGUCAGUCCUGUACCAGCCCUUUUCCAUAUUUGUUGAGCCCUCGCAAUGUGCCAGGCACUCUGCUGGUUCAUGAUCCCGCGGAAGAGACAGCAACACCCUAGCCUGGUUCGUUGACUUAUUGGACAUCCUCUGGAAACAUAAAGCAAGUUACUGAUCUAGUUCUUACUCAGGCAUAGCUUCCUUGAGGAACUGACGUUGCUGCCAGAUGUUCAAAGUUAAGUAAAAGGCAGCUGAGGGGGAAAUGGGUAACAAAAAAGCCAAGGGAACUCCAUGUUUAAAGGACCGUGAAGCGUGGAGGAUGGAAGGGACAGAAUAUUCGAGGAUCAUAGAGACGUUGCCAAUAUUUGAAGUGUAGAGUUGGAGGUGGUGGCCCAGAUGAGGUGGAAGAAGUAGGCAGAGAGGGAAUAAGACAGAGCCUUGAUGUAUGAUAAGGCUGCUUUAGGCAGGAACCUUUUGGUUGAAAGUGAUAAAAAUCCACCUAAGAAAAAAGGGAAGCCUUUAUCGGCUCUCAAGCUAAAAGUUCAGGGCUUUCAAGAUCAAAGAUGUCAUUGAAUUUUGACACCUCUUUCUCUGUCUCAUCUUUGCUCUCCUUUGUGUUAGCUUCGUUCUUGGGCUGGCCUCUGUGAAAGGGCCUUCUGAUCCGCCUUGUCACAGGGAACCCAAAGACUGGAGUAGAAAGGAACGAGGUGAGGAAGGCUAAGUGAUAAGAACCACCCACCCUUCCACUGUUCACGACCUUCAAGGUCACCUAUUCAGACUGUGCCCAGAAGUCCUCACCUUAGACCAGUUGGGACGGGAUAGAAAGCUUGGCCUUUUAGGGAAUUUAUGGAGGGAGGUAGAGAGUGGGACAGGUGAGGGGGCCCUGUUUCCAGACUCCAAAGUUGUUUGUUUUCUUAAAAUAGCAAACCCACAGCCCCCUGUCUCUUCCCCUAGGGGCAUGUUCUCUGGGGCACCCUCGGCCUUCCCAGGAGGCAGGAUCAUUUGGGUUCGGUGAGAGAAAACAGAUGGGCGGGACCCCAGAACCUCCGACUGGCGCCCCCUCAGGCUGGCCCGCGUCCCUCCGGACUGAGCGGGCCCCGGCCCAUUCAUUUGUCCGACCAGCGCAGUUUCUCCGCCUCUUCCCCAACAGCCUGCAGGCCCUGCCCCAACGUGGGGCUCCAGGACGCCGCCGCCCGAAGGACCGUCUGCUUUCGCUUCCCGAACACCUGGCGCCCGGGCAGGACCGGCCAAAGAGCGUCCCGCCCCGAGACCCCGCUUUCCCGAGGCCCGGCGCUUCCGCCUCCGGGCGGAGACUCCUCCCCUCGCCGUCCCGCUCGCACUCCCCGGAGCAGCGGCCAGAGAAGCCUCCGCCGUUCGGACCGGACCCGCGAGAAGCCGGUCCCUUCUCGCAGCCCACUCCCUGCGCCCCGCGGUCGCCGCGGCGUCGGGCCGAAGGCCCAGCCCCGAGCCGAGCGCGGGCGGCGCGGGCGCGGCUUCAGCACCGCGGACAGCACCCGCCGCGGCGCCGCCGGCCGGUCUCCGCGAGGCGGCGAGCUAUGCCCGCAGCAUGGCCUGGCGCCCCGGCUCCGCGGCGCUGCUCCUCGGCUUCGGCCUCCUCCAGCUGUGCUCAGGAGUCUGGGGUACGGAUACAGAGGAGCGGCUGGUGGAGCAUCUCCUGGAUCCUUCCCGCUACAACAAGCUCAUCCGCCCAGCCACCAAUGGCUCUGAGCUGGUGACGGUCCAGCUUAUGGUCUCACUGGCCCAGCUCAUCAGUGUGCACGAGCGGGAGCAGAUCAUGACCACCAAUGUCUGGCUCACCCAGGAAUGGGAGGAUUAUCGCCUCACAUGGAAGCCUGAGGAGUUUGACAACAUGAAGAAAGUUCGACUCCCUUCCAAACACAUCUGGCUCCCAGAUGUGGUCCUGUACAACAAUGCUGACGGCAUGUAUGAGGUGUCCUUCUAUUCCAACGCCGUGGUCUCCUACGACGGCAGCAUCUUCUGGCUGCCGCCGGCCAUCUACAAGAGCGCCUGCAAGAUCGAAGUAAAGCACUUCCCGUUUGACCAGCAGAACUGUACCAUGAAGUUCCGCUCGUGGACCUACGACCGCACGGAGAUCGACCUGGUGCUCAAGAGUGAUGUGGCCAGCCUGGACGACUUCACACCCAGUGGCGAGUGGGACAUCGUGGCGCUGCCCGGCCGGCGCAACGAGAACCCGGAGGACUCCACUUACGUGGACAUCACCUACGACUUCAUCAUCCGCCGCAAGCCGCUGUUCUACACCAUCAACCUCAUCAUCCCCUGUGUGCUUAUCACCUCCCUGGCCAUCCUCGUCUUCUACCUGCCGUCCGACUGCGGCGAGAAGAUGACGCUGUGCAUCUCUGUGCUGCUGGCUCUCACCGUCUUCCUGCUGCUCAUCUCCAAGAUCGUGCCGCCCACGUCCCUCGACGUGCCGCUUGUUGGCAAGUACCUCAUGUUCACCAUGGUGCUCGUCACCUUCUCCAUCGUCACCAGUGUGUGCGUGCUCAACGUGCACCACCGCUCGCCCACCACACACACCAUGGCACCCUGGGUCAAGGUCGUCUUCCUGGAGAAGCUGCCCACGCUACUCUUCAUGCAGCAGCCGCGCCGGCAAUGCGCCCGCCAACGCCUGCGCCUUCGGAGGCGCCAGCGCGAGCGCGAGGGCCCCAGGACCCUCUUCUUCCGCGAAGCCCCUGGGGCCGACUCCUGCACGUGCUUUGUCAACCGCGCGUCGGUCCAGGGCUUGGCUGAGGCCUUUGGGGCAGAGCCUGCGCCGGCAGCUGUCCCGGGGCGCUUGGGGGGGCCGUGUGGCUGUGGCCUCCAGGAGGCGGUGGACGGUGUGCGCUUCAUCGCGGACCACAUGCGCAGCGAGGACGACGACCAAAGCGUGAGUGAGGACUGGAAGUAUGUUGCCAUGGUGAUCGACCGCCUGUUCCUUUGGAUCUUUGUCUUCGUCUGUGUCUUUGGCACCAUCGGAAUGUUCCUACAACCUCUCUUCCAAAACUACACCACUGCCACCUUCCUCCAUGCAGACCACUCGGCUCCCAGCUCCAAGUGAGGCCCCCCGGCUCCGUGCUCCUUCACCCCUUUGUCCUCUGUUGUUCAGUAGCUUCGGGUGGAGGUGGAUGAGCGACCAGGAAAGCGUUGCUGCCCACAAAGAUCCAUUCCUUCACAUCGCCUGGAGCCCCUGCCCCCGCACUGCAGCCCACACUCAGCCAGCUCCAGCUGGGGGCGGCGCCGGCCGCUCUCCUCCUCUUGCACCAGCCCAGGCGAGAGUGCUGCUGGUCGAGGACAGAAGCGGAGAAGAAGAGGACGGAGACGUCGGAGACUUCCAGCCUGAGGACAGUACCAAGGGGAAGGGGCCUAAAAGGGACAGAAUCAUCUGUUGCCUCCAAAUCAUGGGAAGGGAUGUGGGGAGGAGGAACAGGGGCUCUGACCCUGUGAUAGGCUGGCUGGACAUGAGGCAGCUCAGAAGGGAGGAGCAAGAGCGGCCUGGACGUGACCUGACACCUGCCCCCGCCCCAGUGGACAGCAGCUGGGCAGAGGGUCCUGCCCAGAGGGUCAGCCUCCUGGGGGGAAGCUUCCAGCCCAUCCCCACAGCCCCUUGCUCCUGAGGGGUCCAGAGCCCAGCCCCAGUUCCCCUUCUCCAGUGACGAAUUCUCACACCCCCUGGGCUUUUCUUCCUUUCCUGCCCGGCCCAGGUGUGGUGGACAAGGCUGGGUACUGGGGAGCCUCUGAGUUUUGAGUCUUUGCAUGACCUGCUUGGAGCCUGAGGUCAUGUCCACAGGCUGUUUUUCAUCCCAGCUGAACUGACCGGUUGUUUGUAGUAAACGAAGGGAAGAUGUUCACCGUAAGCAGACCCAGCCUUUUUGCCCGAAGCGGGGCUGGCUGCAGAGGAGUGGCCACAUCAGCGCUGCUCCUGCUCCGCCCUCUUCAGGGCUCCAUUUUUUCUGCUUGUGCCCACCCGCUGCCACCCCCCCCAACCCAAACCUGAGCAAGGGUGCAGUGGGACGGGGCUGCUGCUGUCAGCAGCACCCCUGAAAGCAUCCCGUCCUGCGAGUCCCUGGAGGCCGUAUUCUAACACUGCUCCCAGGGGACAGCUGGAGGCCACCUGGCCUGUUAGCAUAGGAAAGAGACCUGUUAUGAGAUCUUCUGUCCCUGCCCCUGCCACAUGACGGCCUCUGAUUUAUGGUCCCAGCCUGUGGUCAGUGCUGGGCCAGCAGGUGGCCGGUCACAGAGGGGUCACUAUGCCAAGUGCACCGAGGGGCACUGCCAUGCACAGACCGUGCUCUUCUCAUGCCCAGCUGGGCCCCUGCUUCUCCAGGCACAGCACCGUUUGGCGUGGGGGCAGGUGCCAGUGGGUGAGGGGACACACGUGGCACAUGCGAGCACCGGGAUCAUGUUCUGGACUCUAGUCCCAGCUGGGCCGCUUCCUCAGCCACCUGAGGGGAGUCUGCCCUGCUGGUUCUCAGCUUCCUCACCUGUCAGAUGCGGACAGUGGUGCCCCUUUAUGGGCUUGCUCUAAGGAUGAAGCGGCGUUUAUGAAAAAGCCCAGUGCUUUCCCCGGCCGGGGGGAUGCCCUGUGAAUGUGAGGCAGUCGCAGCCAGUGGGAACAGGGUCCCCUGUCAUGUCCGCCUCCCCUCAGACCCUCACUUACCCUGCCUCUUCCUCGUUCAAACCAAGUCCCCCAGAACAGGGCCUGGGCUGGGGGAAACUGAGAGCUGGAGGGAAUGCUUGUGAGUCUGGUGGGCGGGGCUCUCCCAGCGUCUUCAGCUCUUCAGCGGAGUCUCAUUCCACUCCUGGGUUGAGAGCUCUGGCACUGGCCUUGACCUCCCUUCUCGGUCAGCUCCUCCCCAUGCAGGUGUGCGCUCAGAGCCCUCUGCUGACCUAAUCCUGCCGGUGUCAUGUGCCUUGUCCCCAGUGCUGCUACCCACCUGCCAACAUGGGCUUCUGCACAUCUCUUGUGAGGGGUAGUGUCUUGGCUCCAUGGACACUCCCUUCUAGAACAGCAGAUUGAUUUUAUUGUAUUGUUUUCUAUUUCCGUUUAACCCCCCCAUAGCCCCUUUCCCCUGCAAUCACCCCACUAUUGACCAUGGCUAUGAGUCCUUUUUCCUUUUUGUUCAAACAAAAUAGAACAGCAAAUUUCCAGUUGCCCGCAUUGUGCUGGGACCUGCCUCAAACUCACAGCCCUGAAGAAACAGCCUGGAACCUGAAACAGCAACGGGAAAGGAACCUUCCCUCUGAAGGGUGGGGUGCCGGCCUGGGGCCCAUGGGGCCAGCUCUCCCAGGCUCCUGGCCCCAUCGGCUGCUGCUGUCACCUGUACAUGCUUUCAGUACUUCCCAAGUGGCUGUUGUCCAAGGCAGUCAGCAGAGGGCUCCGGGGACUUAGAGAGCAGCUUCUCCAAAUCCUCUCUGACACCACGAAACUGGGGCCUGGAGGGCGUUUGCUGCCUGACCUUGCGCUCCCUCCAGCACCUAGCUCAGAACUUGAUCCUCCUCUUCUGUAAACAGAGGUGGCGGAGCAGGCUGAGGGCUGCAGCAAGGAAGAGAGGUCGGUGUACUUGAGGGGUUAACUGGGCGGGGUCCGUGGGGCAGCGCCAUCCCCUCCACCUCCAGCUGCAGCCCUUCAGGGGCCCUCCCCGCAGCGGGGAGGGCAGAGGUGCAGGGAGGAGGAUGCCGCUGCACGGGCCAGGUGUUACUCGUCAGUCCCGGGUUUGGAGAACCAGUCUCUUGUUCCCAGGUCCUCUGUCUUCUUCCCUGGGUGUUGUUUGGGCGGCACCUUGCCCCUUCUGCAGCCCAGCCGUCUCUGGAGGGAACCGGUAGCCGGCUCAGCGCUGGGCAAGGCCGGGGGCCCCAGACCUGCAGAGGGCGGGAGAUUAUGGGUUGUAACCUGAGUGAGGUGGGCUAGAGGGGGGCAGUGAGGAGAGACUUUGGGAUGGUCUCCGUCGGAAACGGAAGACCACAGGUGCUCUGUAGCCAUUUUUGUCUGAAAAGAGGCUCUGCGCAGACUCCCUGCUUCGGCCGGCUGGCACUGCCGCAGGAGGAAGGCAGUUUCCUGGCAGCGAGGGGGCUAAUGCUGGGACAGCUGGUACCGAGUUAUUGCAAAUUUAAAAGCAAACAAGACAGGGGCAGCCCCCGGCUGGCACUUCCUGCAGAGGAAGGCCGCCUGCGGAGGGAGGGAGGGCGGCAGGCUCCCGGGAAGGAGGCGGGGAAUGCUCUGCGGAGACUUCGGAGCUCAGACUCUCGUCCUGUCUCCUCCCACUUCCGGCGUGGCUGCUGUUCGCUAGGAGCCUGCUCCCUGCCACGUGCUCCAGCUGCACCGCCUCUGUCCCUCACCACGACCCCCGCAGGGAAGGGGCCCUGUUGACAGAAGAGAGAACCGGGCUCAGAGAGACCAAGCUACAUCUGGCGAGCAGUGCUGGGCCUGAAACCCAAGGCUCCUGAUCGCAGAGUCCGGCUGCCCUCUGAGGCAGGUAACAGGAAAGUCAGGGCAUCGGUCUGCUCUGAAUUUGUUCCCAAGCCAGAGCGGCCCCGGACUCAGCUGCCACUCUCCACUUAACAGCUGGGCUGGUGUCACAGCGUCCCUCACAGCCCACUGGUGCUGACCAGCCUCCCACUCACCCAGCCAGACUAGACAGAGGACCUUUAGAGAUGGGUCCCACCAGGUCCCAGCGGUGGGUGUGAGAGCCUCGUGGUUGCUAAGGGACCAUAGAGCUAGGAAUCUUAGGACGCUUCACUCGCUGGCCUGCAGUGCCCCCUUCUCCCCGACACUGGCCUUGGUUGGCCUCUCUUGUCUGUCUUCCUGGAAUAUUUGCACUGUUCAGCCUGCUCCAGGCCAGAUGCAUUAGGAACUCAAGAUUCUCAUAAAGACAAGUUUCCAAAGAUGUUUUGUCUCUUAUAUUGGGAGGGGGCAGGAUCCUCAGGGACCGGCUACAUGGGAAAAAAGGGAGAGCUCAGGGAAAGCUGCACACAUGCAGUUUUCUAAAGAAAACUAAAGCAAAGGUCAGUGGUAACAGUUCCAUUAUCGUGAUGUGUUGCCUUACAAGUCUGUCCAUCAGAUGGAAAUGAAAUGCCUGGGCCUGUACUAGACAGAGCCCAGGAAAAGCUCCAGGGGAGGACCCCAGAGGACAGGGUAGAGAUGAGGAUCAGUCUCCUGGAGGCAGGGAUGGCUGGGGGGCCGCCUCUCCCUGCACUCUGGGAAGUCAAGGCUGUCGUCUGUAUGGGGGCCAGAACUGCUCCCUGGACACUGGCGUGAUCUGGUCCCAACUCCUCAAGCUGGUAUCAGUGGGCCCCCAGAUGAAAUGCAGGGUCACCAGCAAUAGAAGAAAACCCUGAGGUCCUGCAGGGCAGUCUGCUCUCCUGUCCAGUUGGAGGUGCAUGGUGGGGAGGAUGGCCUUGCUCCCUCCGCAGGCGCGCCUGGCACUCACCUCAGGUACGAAGGAAACUGCCCUCGUUCUGGAAUACUCGGGCGCUACAUUUCCCUCCAGGUGGAACCGGGAGCUGCCCAAGAACCAGACGGGUGCCCAGGGUCCCAGGGCACCCCAGCAGGCAGACACAUUGUCCUUCCCUGUCCGGCUCACCCAGCACCCCUGUGAUACCCAGAGUCCUUCUGCACCCCCAAGCAUGUCACUGGCCCUCCUGCCCCGCUGCUGUCUGUAUGAUGCAUGAGGAAGCAGGCUUUAUUGUGACUUAGGCCCACCCCCCUGUCCUCUGGCAUAUCAUUUUUAAAAGGUCAAGGACGAGCCUUGUAGAAAUUCCCAACUAAAUGACAAUGUGGAAAGCUGUGCAUUCUCUUUGAAAUUCAAGAUGAAAAAAUAUUCUGGAUGCCAUCUAUGAAGUAAAAGGCAAA